AUGAAAUUUGGAACAUAUUAUAUGGACAUAAAAAGGAAACAUCUAAAUUUUGCUUCAAAAAAUGUUAAUCUAUCAUUUUUAGAAAAUAAUAUAAAAAGAUGGUAUUUCACAGAGAGAUAUAUACAUUCAAAAUUUUUAAAUAAUGAAAAUGUUAAAAUAAAGAAAUUAUAUUUAUUUAAUACAUAUAUGAAUUUAAAAGAAUUGAAAAUAUCUGAAAUUGAUGAAAAUAAAUUUCAUUAUUUACAUAGAAAACCAGAUUAUACAAUAGAUAAUUAUUCAAAAGUUGACGAAUUAAACAAAAGAAAAAAACUAAAGGAAAAAAAAAGUAAUUUAUUUAAUAAUCAAACUGCAAAUCCAAAUAGUUUAGCUCAUAUUGAAAACUUAAAUAAUAUUAUUAAUAUAAAAAUAAAUAACAUAUUUUACAAAACGAAAAUAUAUAAAAAUUUUUACACAAUGAAUAAUCAAAAACAUAUUCAAUGUAAAACAGGAAAUAUAAAAGAAAAAGAAAAUAUUGAAAAUAUUCAAAAUAUAUCAAAUCAAAUAAAAGAAGAAAAAAAUAUAAAAGAUACAAAUAUAGAUAAUAAUACAAACAGUAUAUUAAAUAAUGAAGAAAAAAAAAUCAUUAAAACACACAUGCAAAUUAAAGAUGUGAAUGAUGUAAUUAUUGAUAUAAAAAAUGAAAAAAAUGUAGUUAUAGAAAAGAAAAAAUAUUCUUUUUAUAUUAGUAAAAUAGCAUUACUAUUAAAUAAUUUAUUUGAAAAACAUUUAUUAUUAAUGAACUGCUUAAUAGCAGGUACAUUGUAUAUGAUUGCUGAUAUAGCAUGUCAAAUUAUGGAGGUUCAUAACAAAAAUAAAGAUUAUGAUUUUUUAAGAACUCUUAGGAUGUCUUUCAUUGGUCUUUCAUUAGAAGGACCUAUAAUGACAUGGUGGUAUGGAAAAAUUUUAUCAAAUUUUAUAAAAUCUAAACCAAAUACAUUUAUAUAUAAAUCACUUUUUCCUACAUUAUUUGACAAUUUUAUUUUUGGGCCUAUUCAUUUAGCAGUAUUUUUUUUUUAUAAUGGUAUAUUAAAAAAUCAGAAAAAAUCGGAAAUAGUUGAUAAAAUUGUAAAUACAGGGAUAAAAGUAUUUUUAGUUUCAUUAAUGACUUGGACACCUUUAACUUUAGUUAAUUUUAUUUUUGUACCUAGAAUAUAUCAAGCUACUGUUGUUUUUUUUGCUGAUUUUUUUUGGGUUAUUUUCUUAUCUUGGUGUGCAAAUAAAAAAUAG